AUGGUCCUGGAUGCCUUUGCGUCCUAUGUGCUACACAUGCUGACAGAGAUGGCGAGCAAAGAGGUGCACAUGCUGCUUGGAUUCAGACGCGAGAUCGACACGAUGGACAUUAAGCUUAGGGACCUCAAGAACUUCCUCGCCGACUCUGACAGGAGAAACAUCACCGACAAGAGCGUGCAAGAGUGGGUGGCCCAGCUCAAGCGUGCCAUGUAUGAAGCUACCGAUAUCCUCGACCUCUGCCAGCUCAAGGCCAUGGAGCGUGGUAUGUGCACUGCAGAUGUGGGGUGCUUCAACCCCUUGCUCUUCUGCAUGCGGAAUCCCUCCUAUGUCCACGACAUCGGCACCCGCAUAAAGGCGCUCAACAAGAGGCUCGACAUCAUCAAGGAGCGAAGCGCUGCUUUCAGCUUCAUCCCUCUUGGUUCCUAUGAGGAUCGCAGGAGCAAGGUCCAUGGCUCUCAUUCUAUGAAUAAGAGACGUGAAACGUCAGGGGAGUUUGAUCGGUCCGGUGUAGUCGGAGAGAAGAUCGAACAAGACACGAGAAAGCUGGUUGAGAUCAUGCUGAGUGAAAAGGAGGGCAACACCAACAUCAUGGUAGUCGCCGUUGUUGGGGUUGGUGGAAUCGGCAAGACCACUCUUGCCCAGAAGGUCUUCAACGACGAAGCCUUGAAUGCAGAGUUCGAGAAGACGAUAUGGUUGAGCAUCAACAAGGACUUCAACAAGGUUGAGUUGCUCAAGACAAUCAUCACACAAGCGGGGGGAGUACAUGGUGGUGAUCAGGCGUUGGCUGUUCUUCAGCCAAUCCUUGCCACUACCUUGAAAGGGAAGAAGCUAUUCCUGGUGCUGGAUGAUGUGUGGAACCAUGAAGCAUGGGAUGAUGUGCUUAAAACACCCUUGGCUAAUGUUGUGGCUCCAGGUAGCCGAGUCCUCGUCACUACUAGAGAUGAAACAAUAGCUCGAAGGAUGAAAGCUGUGACUCCCCACCACCAUGUGGACAAAUUAGAUGAGGAGGAUGCCUGGUCAUUGCUCAAGAAACAGCUAAUAUCAACUGAGAUUGAUGAUCGUGACAUUGAUAUGCUCAAGGAUAUUGGGGUUCAGAUUCUAGCAAAAUGUGAUGGUUUGCCUCUUGCAGUCAAAGUAAUGGGAGGUCUAUUGUGUCAGAAGGACAAAAAACACCAUGAGUGGGAGAAGGUUCUGGCUGAUUCUAUAUGGUCAAUAUCUGGACUGCCCGAAGAGCUAAACCAUGCAGUAUAUUUAAGCUAUGAAGAUUUGUCUUCUUGUGCCAAACAAUGCUUUCUGCACUACUCACUUCUCCCUAAAACUGCUUCAUUUGUUAAAAGUGAAAUCAUUGCCAUGUGGAUUAGUGAAGGAUUUCUUCACGAGACCUCGAAUGACUUAGAAGAACUCGGAAGCAUGUACUACAAGGAGUUGAUACUAAGGAAUCUUAUAGAGCCAAAUACGAAGUAUGCUGAUCAAGGUGUUUGCAACAUGCAUGAUGUUGUAUGCUCAUUUGCUCAAUUUGUGGCUAGAGAUGAGGCACUAGCAGCUCACAGUGGAGAAACUAAUAUUGUUAGUAAACUUGGUGCACAUGAGUUUGUUAGGUUAUCUCUAGAAAGCAAAGCAUCAGAAUCAGAUGGGUUAGGCUGGGGUACUUUGCAAGCAAAAAGGGCAUUAAGGGUCCUAAUAUUAGUCGGCAAUAUAAAUAUCAAGCCUGGUGAUUCUUUGGUUCAUUUUCCAUGCCUACGAACUUUACAUAUAGAUUCUGCACAUGUUGCAGCAUUGCUUGAAUCUUUGCAUGAACUCAAGCACCUGAGGUACUUGUCCUUAAAGAACACUGACAUGCCUAGUCUGCCUGAUAGCAUUGGAAAGAUGAAGUUCUUGCAGUACAUUAACCUUCGUGGAUGCCGGCAACUUGUGAAACUUCCAGGCAGCAUUGUAAAAUUAGGGCAGCUAAGGUAUCUGAACUUCAGUAGAACAAAUAUAGAUGGCACACCUAGGGGUUUCUGUGUUCUAACAAAUUUGAGAAUACUAUAUGGGUUUCCAGCCCAGCAAGAUGGUGAUUGGUGUAGUUUGGAAGAGUUGGGUCCUCUUUCUCAGCUCAAGCAUCUUGAAUUGGACGGAUUGGAGAAUAUAACUGCUUCCUCAUCUGCAGCAAAGGCAAAACUUGCCGACAAGGUGCAUCUUACUAUUCUAUUCUUAAAUUGUGGUAGUAUAUUGGGAGAUGAUGGGCUGAUUAAAGAGGAAGAUUGCGUGUCUGAGGAAGCGCAACAACAAAUCGAGAAGUUGUUUGAUGAGCUCUGCCCUCCGUCCAGGUUAGAAACUCUUUACAUCAGAGGAUAUUUUGGCCAACGGCUCCCAAGGUGGAUGAUUUCAUCACUAGAUGUGCCCCUCAAGAACUUAAGGAUUCUGUUCAUUGCCGACCUAGCAUACUGCACACAGCUUCCUAUUGCCAUCAAGCUUGUUGGACCUGAUUUCCUGCAGUCCUACCAUCACCACAGUCCUCGUCCUUCCCAAAUGCUGCCUGCAUUUCCAAGAUUGCAUGAGAUGAAUUUAAUAGGAAUGGUGGAAUGGGAGGAGUGGGAGUGGGAGGAGCAAGUGCAUGCCUUUCCUGUCUUGCAGCAACUUAUGCUAGCACGGUGCAAAUUGAAAUGUCUUCCUCCUGGCCUUGCCUACCAGGCAAGGGCUUUGAAUAAAUUAAUCAUAUACUAUGUCCAGGGUCUCAUCUCUGUAGAGAACUUUCCAUCUCUGGUCGAGCUGAAACUGGCUAUAAACCUUGACGUCAAGAGGAUCUCUAAUCUUCCGAGAUUGCAGAAGCUUACCAUCCAAGACUGCCCAAAGCUGAAGGCACUAGAAGAUGUUCCUGCACUCCAGCGGCUCAUACUCACAAAAAAAGAUAUGGAGACACUCCCAGAAUACAUGGGAAGUAUAAACCCAAGUCAUUUGGAGCUAUACUGCAGCCUAGCACUACUCGCUUCCAUAGCCACGGGACAAUCUGGCCCUGAGUGGGACAAGUUCAGGCAUGUCGAGCAUGUCAAGGCAUAUGCAUGUGAAGGAGAUAAUUCAAGGAAAUGGUAUGUCUUGUACACAGCUAAUCCCUACAGCUUGGAGACAAAUGUCAACCUCUGUGCUUUCAUGUCUAGAGGAACCUUAACUUCUUUUGAGGACACACAAAGAUUUGAGUCUGUCUUUAAAAUGACAAGAAAAACCUUUAGCUACAUCUGCAGCUUGGUUUAUGUGCCGUCAUUGGAAGAUAUGAACAACUACACCUUUGAUGACGGGAGGUUACUGUCUUUAAAAGACCGAGUAGCCAUUGCUCUGAAAAGGUUAUACUCUAGUGAGCCACCGGAGAUCAUAGGAUCCUCUGUCAGUGUGAGUGAGUCAACUGUCUUGUUGGUAAGUGAGAGGUUCGUUGAUGCUGUGUACAAGCGAGCAAAGAACCAUGGGUGCUGGCCAGACUCCAGUAAAAUGGACAACAUCAAAUCCAUGUUUGACAAGAUCCACAAUAUGCAUAACUGCUGCGGUGUUAUAUGUACAACUCACAUCCCAUUUGGACCAAACUGGGACUGUGAGAAGAAUGACAGCAUUCUAGUUCAGCUCGUCAUCGAUCCAGAAAUGAGGUUCAGGAACAUUUGGUGGGGACCGGUAAGCAGCAUGAACCAGUCAAGCAUUUUGCAUGAAUCUAAUUUGUUCAAUGAGUGCGAGGAGGGCGGUUACCUGAACGGCAGCAAGCUGAAGGUGGCACUAGAUGGAUCAGAAGUCGGGGAAUACAUAAUUGGUGAUGCAGGAUUCCCUCUUCUCCCGUGGCUACUCACACCUUACCAGGAAGAAGACCUCUUAGACUCCAAGGCGGAGUUCAAUAGGAGACACAAUGCAGCCACAAACUGUGCUCUGAAGGCGCUGGCAAGCCCCAAGCGGAGGAAUCGCUCCAAGGAAGUGCGCCAGUUAGCAAACGAGGAUGCUGUGAGGGCGAGGGAUAUGCUGUCACAAUACUUCUUGACCAGCAUGUCAUCCGAAUCUGGAGUUGGCCUGGCGGACCUUGAAGUCGCUGCCACAGGCUCAGGCGAUGAAGGCAAGGAACAAAAAGCACAGACAAGAGCAUCAAAGGAAGAGAGACGUGAUGGUGACCAUGAUAUCAUUACCUAA